AUGCUUAUUUCGCGUGCGAACAAAAUGAGAGGUGAUUGUAGAAUUGUACUAUAAUUCAUUUUGUAGUACGCUAUUUGAGCCUUUUUAGGAAGAAUUGAAGAAAAGUUUGUUCCGAGGCUUGAAACUUAAAAUGACAUUUGCCGACUUGGCAAACUCUGUGCAACUAAUCGAGCCUCUUUAAUACAAUUUUCUCAUAGACGUCUAUUCAAUACAAACGAGUGGGAUACUUGUAGUACUUAACUGCUUCCAUCUUGUUGAACGUACAGGUAAUUACUUGUGUUUGCAGGAUAGUUACAUGUUCGCCUGACAUAUGAUUGCAUGGUUAUGAAGUCUUCACGAAACCUCGAAGGGAUCACACUGGCCUUACUUGUCCUGUCAAUAUUUUUGUUGCUAAUUAACAAACUUUACUUCCAAUCCGAAAAUGUAUGGCAACACAGCCCUUCUAAAACUCGAGGUUGGUAUAAAUACAUGUGUGUGUGUGUUUUCUUUCCAGUUUUGUUUGUUUUUUUUUUGUUCUUUUGUUUUUGUUUUGUUUUGUUUUUUACCUAAGUAGACAGUGACGUCUGCGAUGAUGCUAACGUCGAUGAUUUCACUCAAGAAAAUUAAGAUAACGAUUAUGGCGAUUAUCAUGAUAGUAGUGUUGGUAUAAAACGAUGAUGACGAUGACGAUGGCAUGAACGACCAUCGUUCAUUUCCCUAUAUUGGUCGUCUUCUCACUGGCUAAGAACCUACAGUUAAUUUUGGAAAGUAGCGCAACGUACAGAUUGGUUAGUUAUCUACUAGCACUAGUUACUCACUUAUCCGUAGGUUCCGCACGCAAUGCAUGUUUUCCAAGGGCAAUAUCGAACUGUGUUUCGUGCAAUGGUGUGUUUGUCGUUAUUUUCUUCAAAGGAAUGAAAGGUGAAAUAAUUAUUAGAUUCGGUUUUUGUGAUAUCACGAAUAAUCAAGGUCGCAGUAAGUGUUACCUUGACCUUAUUAUUCUGGAUAUCACAAAAACCUCAUCCAAUAAUUGUUUCCAACGGAUCUUUGAGGAUGGAAAAAGAUCUUUUAUCAACCUUCCACUUUAGGUUCCUUUUGAUUUUUAUUAUUAUUUAGUCUCUAUUCUUUUUCUAUCUAAACUUCCAUUUUUAGCAAAGAAACCUGGAACAGUUCUUGAACAGGAGCUCAAAACGUUAUACAGAGGCGUCGAAACAUUUGUACUGUUUAUCGGCUGCGCGCGCAGCGGCCAUAGCUUGGUUGGUGCCAUCUUAGAUGCACAUCCCGAAAUUAUGAUCCCACACGAAUUUAGAGUGCUAAGUAAUUGGAAUUAUUACAAAAACAAAAGCAAAGGUGACAGCGAAAUGCUGAAGAAUCGACUGUUUUUUGACCUUCAUGCACUUUCAAGGGAACAAGCAAUGUUUGGUAAUCGAGCCUCUAACUGCCUCCACGGUUAUUCUUAUCAUGUACCUGGUCAGUGGCAAGGAAAGUUCAAAGAAAAACUAAAGGUAAUUGAGUGACAGCACACAGACCACUUUCUGAAGCAAAAAACGAUGGCUACAUAUUUAAAUAAGAGGGGCCAUCAUUUUAUAGUGGUGGAGAUCGAGAGUAACAAGUGACAGUUAAACGAUCUUCAGAAACUAUCCAACGCUAAGUUUUUCCAAAUGCACAACGAGCUGUUAACAACCAGGGUCAGAAAUGGUUUACGGUCUGCAAAUUGCUUAUUAUUUUUUACUCUGCCAGACGCUUUCGCCCACAAUCUCCUACAUUGUACGUGCGGGCGCUUUACGAUGGACGUAAUGCCUAACUACCUACUUUUGAUAAGGUGAAUGCUGGAAUCAAAAUAUUCAUUUUUCAAAGACAUUGACAUUCAUCAAAAUGAAACAUGACUUUGUUUUGCAACAGAGAGUAACUAAGCUGGCGGAGGAAGAGUAAACAAUUGCACAAGAAGUACAGAUUGAAAUAACACUCUUGUAGAAAAAGGAGCUGCUAAUUACCUUUCAUUUUAUCGCCCGUAACAGCCCUCAAACUUUUAAUAAAACGUAUUUUUGCAUCGAAUCACAAGUUUAAAGCAAAAAACUGGUUACCUUUUAAUACUUACAUUUUCAAGUAGUUCAAAUUUACUUUUUGUUUUAUUUUGUGUGUGUGUACUUCAAAGGUUAUCGGGGACAAAAAGGGAACUGGAACAAGCCAUCUUUUAUUCAAAUCCGAAAACUUUCAUGUUCUGGAGGAAAUUCAGAGGACUCUUAAAAUCCCGUUGAAAUUCAUUCACGUUAUUAGGAAUCCAUUUGACAACAUCGCAACAAAGGUACUCAGACAACUGCAUACCAGGGAUAGUGCUCGUGGAGGAAGUUUCAAAGUAAGUUAUUAUAAUAAAUAACAUACACUUGUACAAUAGAGACCUUAAGAUCCGAAGACGGCCACGGCAACGAGAACGUCAAAAAGCAAUGUAAGGUUUUUCACCUUACCAGUGUUGUUGGUUUGCUUAUUUUAAUAAGCACAUGCAUUACUCUUUUUUGUACAUUUCUUUGCUGUUCCUACGAGAACGGCAAAAAAACCAUUUAGAUUAACAAAACAACAACUCUGCACGUGCAUCACUCUUUUUAUACAUUUCUUUGCCGUCGCUGCACGACUACUACAUCAAAAUGCCUACUUUCACGUUUUGUGGAGGACACUAACACAAAACAACGCCUUUCUUUUUCUUUUUCUAAACUUCGAUACAGUCUUUUAGAAUUCAACUCCAGAAAAAAUUGCCAACUUUUGACGAAUUGAACGACAGAAAAUGCAGUGUGCGCGGUAAAGUCUGAAGCAGCGCGAAUUCACUUUUUAAGAGACGUUUUCGUAACCGUCGCCGUCUUUCUUUCUUAAGCUCCCUAAUAAUCACUCCUGCCUGAUACCGACGGUAAUUGGCGUCUCCGACAACCAGUGCCAGUGGUCUUCGAGUCAAAGUGAGUUGUGUGCAGUCACUUGAUGGAAUUAUGGUAUACCUGACAAGUCAACUAAGUAGCGAUGUUAAGUUUCAGGUCGUUAAUCAUUUUAGCUUAAAUGCACUUUAUUGCCUAUGGUUAUGUGUCUAUAUACAAUUCGCUGCUACUUAGGGACUAUAUUUUUGUCUUGCAGGUGAAUGAUUCCAUCUUAUUGGACUCGGUUAUAACAAGCCAUUUUAAACUCAUAGAAUCAGCUCAAAAACUGCACCACCAUGAGGACUUUGAAGUUAUAGACAUCUACAGCCACGAAAUUAUUACAAAUCCUCAAGAAAAUUUGCGAAAACUUUGCAGUUUUCUGGGGGUAGCAAGUGACGAAGAGUACAUAGAUGCAGCUUCAAAGCUAUUGUAUACUCAGCCAUCUAAAACCAGACAUUCCGUUGUGUGGUCGACGGAACAGAGGGCAAGAGUUACAAAUGAGAUGAAACAGUAUAAGUUUAUGAAACCAUUUACAUUUGAAUCAUUGUGA